UCUCUCUUCCUCCUACCCUAGGACGUUGUUUGUGGUCAUGCUGGAUGUUGCCCCCUUUUUUUCAUUUUCUUCUGUUCCUUUUACCCCAUUUUUCCCUCCAUCCCUCGUUGUAUGGAAAUCUGUGCUUUUAUCCAAUUUGAUGCAGGUUCUGCACAUACUCGUUCCUUUUUCUCUCUACAUCUACUCUUUUUGCUCUUUCUGUCCUGGUCGAUCUCAUUGCACACGUCAGGCUGUAUUUUUGUAGACGGCUUUCCUGGCGUAUCCUGAUCUUCGUGCAAGCGCAAGGUUCGCUGAGCGUGUUUGCCAAUUCGGCAGACCGGUCUGCGACAAGAACGGAACGCCCGGCGCAUCGACGGUGUGUGACAAUGUGACAAUUUGGUGGCAGAAAGUCAGUCUAAUCUUAGGCCUGCUGAGACCACGUGUAAGUCUGGCGCAGUAUGUGGAGUAAUGCAAUUUUCGCUGAAUUUGAUUGGGACACACGCAGACAGGUACCGAACAUGUGUUGAAUCACUGUGGAAAUCAAUUCACUGAAUGUGUUAUUGUUUAGUUUAUUAUUAUUAUUAUUAUUGCUAUUAUACCUUUUAAGUCAUCCCACUGGCCAGCACAGCUUUUGUGGGGUGGUCGGUUGGGGUUGUACACAAACAAUCGGGGGUGUCGAUGCAUCUGUUCCGUCGACAUAUUUAAGUGGCCAGCGGUUAUCACUGGCAGCUCAUUCUGUACUAGCGCUCGUCGUCUGGUACCACACCGCCAAGAGAGGUGGGAAGGCUCCACUCACGUACGAGUCGCUGCGAUUACGCAUGGUCCUCUUCCGCACGUGUCUCCGUGCCGCGAGCGCGCCACAUUUCAAGGGAAUGAGAGGAGCCGCUUUGGUUGAACAUGAUUGAAAUCAGGUGUAGACACAGCCACAGUGACGUAGACUUCACUCUUUCCGGUACGCCGGCUUGCGUUCGUCUGCAAAAUGACCAAAACACGAUCUAACACGCCUCCGCGCAGAUUUACGCCUCCUGUCGCGCCGGAUUUACGCCGGUCACAAAAAUACAGCCCAUAAAAUCAACAGCUCAAUACAUUCUUUCUUUCUUUCUUUCUUUCUUUUUCUUUCUUUCUUUCUUUCUUUCUUUCUUUCUUUCUUUCUUUCUUUCUUUCUUUCUUUCUUUCCUUCCUUCCUUCCUUCCUUCCUCCUUUCAGUCCUUCCUUUGUUCGUUUGUUCCUCCCAUCCUUCCUUCCUUCCUUCCUUCCUUCCUUCCUUCCUCCCUUCAUUCCUUCCAUCUUUCCUUCCUUCCUUCCUCCCUUCAUUCCUUCCAUCUUUCCUUCCUUCCUUCCUUCCUUCCUUCCUUCCUUCCUUCCCUAGUUCCUUCCUUCCUUCUUCUUUAUGCUUAUUUUGCCUUUUCUUCUCCUAUAGGCAGAGCCCCUUAUUUACCAUCAUAGGAAAAAUAAGACCAAAUUUUUCGUCUGUCCCGGAUCACUGCUCAGCAUCCAGCCACCUUCCUCUCAGCUGGAGGCAGAACAUCAGUCAGGGGCGUGGUGUAAAGACCCUCUGCAGGCUGGUGACCGACUAUACGUCAUGCCAUGGACGCCGUACAGGACAGAAGUGCUGUACGAAUAUGCUUCCUGGGACGACUACCGUCAGAACCGUGUCACUACUACCUAUAAGCUGCCAAGUCGUGUAGAUGGUACAGGUUUUGUGGUAUAUGAUGGCGCCGCGUUUUAUAACAAGGAACGAACACGGAACCUGGUCAAAUACGACCUGCGGACACGCAUUAAAAGCGGAGAGGCGGUGGUGGUCAAUGCCAACUACCAUGACACGUCGCCUUACCGCUGGGGAGGGAAGUCAGACAUCGACCUGGCAGUGGAUGAGAAUGGCCUCUGGGUGAUCUACUCCACUGAAGCCAAUAAUGGACGGAUUGUGGUCAGCCAGGUGAACCCGUACACCUUGCGCUUCGAGGGCACGUGGGCCACGGGCUUUGACAAACGUGGGGCGAGCAAUGCCUUCAUGGCCUGUGGCGUGCUCUACGCGGUGCGCUCAGUCUUCCAGGAUGACGAGGGGCAGGCGGACGGCCGUGUGGGCAAUGAUAUGGUGGUGUAUGCCUAUGACACUAGCCGCGGGCAAGAGCUGCCCAUUCAGAUACCGUUCCCCAAUCCCUACCAGUACAUCUCUUCCAUAGACUACAACCCUAGAGACAACCAGUUAUAUGUGUGGAAUAACUAUUACGUUCUGAGAUACCCGCUUCAGUUCACGCCGCCACCGCCAACUAAAGGUCCCCUUUCUUCUCUGAUGACGACCGUCCGCUCUUACACAGCCACAGUUGCACUGAGCCCCGUGCGGCCAUCAGCCUCCCAUCCAGUGGGCGUCAUCAACCGAGGACCCUUUGACCAAAGGCCGAUAACAGCCAUGGUCCCCCUAACGCCGCGCCCCCCUUUGCGUGUCCCUUUGGUCCCGGGGGGACCUGGUCAAGUGGGUGGAUGUGAAGGAAGGGUGGCCCGAGGAGUACAGUGGCCCCCCACUCUGAAAGGGGAGACAGUGGAGAGACCCUGUCCCAAAGGCUCAUUGGGUAUUGCGUCCUACGAGUGCAUAACAUCACCAGUGAGCUGGAGCUCCAGAGGUCCCGACCUCUCUAACUGUACCUCUCCCUGGGUUAGCCAGAUUGCACAAAAGAUUAAAAGUGGAGAGAAUGCAGCAAACAUAGCUGGGGAGCUGGUCAACCUGACCCGGGGGCGGAUCUAUGCUGGUGAUGUCAGCAUGUCUGUAAAAUUAAUUGAACAGCUACUGGACAUCUUGGACUCCCAGCUUCAAGCCUUGAGACCAGCCAAUAAAGAGUCUGCGGCACGCAAUUACAACAAGCUGCAGAAAAGGGAACGCACAUGCAGGGCUUAUGUGCAGGCCGUGGUUCAGACAGUAGAUAACUUGUUGGGUCCUGAGGCUCUGGUGUCCUGGGCUGACAUGAGCGGUCCGGACCAGUCCCGCUCUGCGUCACUCCUGUUAGAUGCGGUAGAGAAAGGAGCGUUCUUAUUGGCUAACAACCUCUAUGAAGGUCGAUUCAGUGACAGAGCACCAAACGUCGAUCUGGAGGUGUAUGUGCUCAACGCAGAGGCGGACAUACAAGACCUAACGUUCCCGCACUCCUACGAUAGCGACAGCAUCCUGCAGAUCUCGGCUGUGGCCCUGCAGCAGUACAGCAAUAAUGGCCAAGUGAAGUUGGUCCUCUCUCUGUACAAGAACCUGGGCUCCUUCCUGACCACCCAGAACUCCACCUUGCGUCUCGGACUUGGACUCGGACAGGGUUCAGAGGUCAGGCGUAGGAGCCUGGUGGUCAACUCCCAUGUCAUCUCUGCUUCUGUGCACAGAGGCUCCAAUAGAGUGUUCCUCUCUGAGCCCGUGGUGUUCACUCUCAGGCACCUGCAGCUGGACAACCACUUUGGUCCCAACUGCUCUUUCUGGAAUGCCUCAGGGGUGUCUGGGACCGGCAGGUGGUCCACGCAGGGAUGUCGCCUGUUACACACCAACAAUACGCACACAACCUGCGCCUGUAACCACCUGUCCAGCUAUGCUGUACUCAUGAUGUACCAGCAACCUGCUUCUGGUGUGGGAGUAGAGGAGCUUCUUGUCUAUGUUGUCUCCUGGGUGGGCAUCUCUGUUGCUCUGGUGUGUUUGGCCACCUGUCUUACUACCCUAUGCUGCCAGGCAGCACCCUGUCACACUGACCACGGCACCAUCCACUGCAACCUGUGGGCCAACCUGCUCAUAACUGAGCUGCUCUUCCUUGUCGGAUCCAAUAAGACACAAUAUACCGUUGUGUGCUCCAUCAUUGCCGGCCUGCUGCACUUCUCAUUGCUCUCAGUAUUCUGCUGGUUGUGUCUGGAAGCAGUGGAACUGUACAUUUUGCAGCGUGAAGUGUUUGAGGGUCGUAACUCCAGGCGGAAGUAUUUGUACCUGAGUGGCUACUCUGUGCCCGGGCUGGUGGUGGCUGUGUCUGCAGCCAUUGACUUCAGAGGCUACGGCUCAAAAGCUUCCUGCUGGCUGCGAACCGACAAUUUCUUCAUUUGGAGUUUCCUUGGACCGGUGGCUGUUAUUAUCACUCUUAACCUUCUAAUCUUAGUGAUGACCUUACAUAAGAUGCAUAGCACUGCUGCCUUGAAACCAGACUCCAGUCGCCAUGACAACCUGAGGGCAUGGGCGGUGGGCUCGUUGACGCUGCUCUUCCUGCAGUGUGUCAACUGGUCCUCAGGCUUGAUGUUCCUGUCUGCGCCAUCUCUCCUCCUGGCUUACCUCUUUGCCUCACUUAAUACUGCGCAGGGCCUCCUCAUCACUAUCCUGCACUGCACCCUCGCCAGGAAGGGUCAGAAAGACUACGGCCGAUGUCUCCGCCUCUCCAAGUGCUGUGCGACCUCUUCGUCCAGCUCUCCAGACUCGGUGAAGGCAGCCGCGCUGCGCUCCAACAGCCGCUACAGCAGCAGCCAGGGUCGGAGAGCCACGGCAAACAGACAGAGUCGUAUUCGGAGGAUGUGGAACGACACGGUGCGAAGACAAACCGAGUCGUCUUUCAUCGCCGCUGAUGUUAACAGCACCCCGACUCUUAACAGAGCUGCAUUGGGGAAUCAUUUCCUGACCAAUCCAGUCCUGCAGACUCACGUAGGAGCCUCUCCUUAUGACACCAUGUUGGCGCAGGGAUACAAUCAGCCCUUCACCUCCACAGUUGGAACCUUCCGAAACAAGAAAGUUGGUGUGUCACAAAGUCAGGAGUCCUGUGGGUUGGACAGCAUGUGUCUCAACGGAGGCUACACCCCCAAUACCUUCACCCUACAUGGACUCGGGGCAAUGCCCGGAUCCCGAGCUGGAGUGGUGGGCAGCACUGACCUUCUGAAGGAGGGAGGCGUCGUGAUGGGAGGCGAUGACAUCUCCCCUGCCCUGCUAACCCCCCAUGGCGCUGCAGAUCUGGGCACCGGUGUUGGAAUGCGUCGUAACCUGUCUGAUGCAGCGGCACUGGAGAAAAUGAUCAUCUCUGAGCUGGUGCAGAGCAACCUGAGGCCUUCGGGUGACAUGCCUGACCCUCCAGAGCGCUACGGAAGCCUGGCAAGGCCUCAUCAUCUGGACAGAGCAGCCAUUGCUCACACCGCUACACUGACUCGCCACGCACAGCAACCCCAGGAGGGCUGGGCGGCCACCAUGCAGCCCACCAAUCGACCCAACGCACAAGAGGGUUGGCCGCAUUUGAGUCAUCACCUACAAGGUGCUGAGACACAUUCCACAUCACAGGAACAAGAUCAUGGCACGACACCACGCUCACAAGACGGCUGGUCGCACGCACGCACUCUAGGAGAUGCUGAAUCGAUGGGGGAGAGGCUGCAGCUUCAAGGCACUCUGGGUCGUCGCGGGCUCCAGGAGAGACAACAAGCGCGCCCCCCCGAUGUUCAGGCUCGGCCAUACUCCACCCUCAGCCGCACCACUGGCACCCUGUCACGCCACCGCAGCACAGCUGAGACGGGUGGGGCGACAGACAAAGACAGGGAGCGAGACCGAGAUCGUUAUCGCGACAGGCCCUUGCCGCCUCCGCCUCCCCCACCCCCACAGGAGUCGGAGCCCUUGUACAAAGCUCUGGAGGAGCCACUUCUGAUGAAAGCAAGAGAGGCCACUGUAGAUGCUUGGCGAGGAGGGCAGGAUAGGGAGAAGGGUGAGACAUUUUUUCUAAAAAGAGAUGGACUUAUGGAUGAGUGGAGGGGAGGUAACAGAGUAAGGGAGGAGUCUUUUAGCUCUCAAAAGAGAAACGGAGACAUGGCUGAGUGGAGAGGUGGAAUGGAGAGAGGAAGGGAUGAAUCUCAUCUCCUGGAGAAAAGAGAUGGAAGGAUGGAUGCAUGGCGAGGAGCAGUGGAGACAGACCGAGAAGAAACUUUCAUUACUCAGAGAAAAGAUUUUGGAAUUGAGGGCUGGAGAGUUGGGAUAGAGAGAGAGAAGGACAGAGAUGGUUGGAGAGCAGGAAUUGAAAGAGAAAAUGACAAACAGAAAGACAGAGCACUAGAUGUGUGGUGUGGUGGCGUCGAUGUAGACAGACAGGAGUCUUUCUUGUUUGAGGGCAAUGAUGGGUGUCUUGAUGGGAGGAAAAGAGGAAAAGAUAGAGGCUCUCUAAGGUACCAUGGCGACCGAGAGGAUUCCGAUGGCUUUACUCUGCCUCUGACCCCUGAUCUUGACCUUGACCCUGACACCGCACCAAUAUACGGCCAGGAUUCAAACCCGUCGCCACUCUACCCCGGGGACCGGCGAUCACCACCUCUCGGUCUCUUCCCACGAAGCUCACCCCCAACUAACAUCUUUGCUGCCCGAGACAAUAAUUCUCCUCCCAACAAUCCCUACUCCCGCCACUCCCCCCAAGUCUACAGCCGCAGUAGUUCCCCUCCCCGCUUCUACAGCCGCACCUCCCCUCCUACGCUCUCCUACCCUGACAGUAGCCCCGAAGUUCCAGAACAGCUCAGCCCCACCAGUCAGCCCCAGCAGCCCACCCUGGAGCUGCCCUACAGCCUUGGGAGACCCCCUCUCGGCCCACGGCCCAAUCACCUGCAGACCUUUUAUCAGCCACCACCACCGACGACUAACGGAGAGGCUCUAUACACGUCUGAGCCCUCUUCGGAAGGAGAAGACGGCCAGAUGCAGCGGGUGACGAGCCUGUGACUAGGGCGGUGGUGAUCGGGGCAUAGAAACCAGGGAGGUGGAGAGAAGCACAACCAACAGUGUUAAAGAUAACAUUAAACAUAACGAAGAUGAUGAUUCAAUUCAAUUGUCCGAUGAAGGCAACGAUGAUGUCAGAGAUGGCUCCUCCCUCCUUCUAUCUCCCGAUCACCACGAGACUCCCCCUUGCCCCUUCUCAUUUUUUGUUACUUUUCUAGAAGUGUGACUCAUUCAUCAUACCUCUUCCUCUGCUCUCCUUCCCCGAACCCUCGCCGUGUCUUCCCGCUAUACAGGUACUUUAUUUCUUACUGGCCCAUUGUCUGACUUUCUGUUGGUCCAUUGGCCGGCUGUCGCCCUUCCUCGUAGCAAGAGAACAAUGUCGUGACAGAUCAAAAACACUUGUGUGUUACCAAAAAACAAAUCCUUUCAAAGAACACAUGCAUGACUUUCUAGUGGCUUUUACGAGGCCACGCGUACUGUAAGAAGGAAGUGCUCAAGUGCAAGUGAACGAAUGUGUGUGUAGCUUGAUGAGCAUGCGUGUGUAAGGUGCGUAUGUGUGUGUGUGAGAGAUCAAGAGUGGGUGCGUGUGUGUGUGUAUAUAUAUAUAUAUAUAUAUAUAUAUAUAUAUAUAUAUAUGUGUGUGUGUGUGUGUGUGUGUAUAUAUAUAUAUAUAUAUAUAUAUGUGUGUGUAUAUAUAUAUAUAUAUAUAUAUAUAUAUAUAUAUAUAUAUACACAAAUCUUUUAUGUUUAUGAUUUAGGAUUAAUGUAUCACAAAUUAAUGUAUCACAGUGGACCAUUUUACCAAUGUCAAUGAAGGUGGGCUUUACACACGUGCCCUCCUUCUGAUUUUCAAUUUGUUCCAUCACAUCAAGACCAAAACCUGUCCUCCAGUCACCAUUAACUGUUGGCAAUGGAACAGUUUGCAGCAGAGUUUUCAUAGCAACAGAACUAUUAUCUCCAGAGCAGAUCAUGUGAAACCUCAGAACUUUUUCUGCAACCCUUGAUAUCCUUGUACAUAUUACCCUGAAGUGUUCUAAUUGUCUUGUAUUGCUAUUGAAGUUCGAGUAAACGUGAAAUUAAU